AUGCAUCUUGUCCUCGACACCAAUGCAUUCAUCUUCAAUGAGGCCGUCAACAUUUAUCCUAGCGAUGAAAUAUACACAAUUCCACAAGUGAUCAAAAAUGAAAUCAAAGAUGAGGCUGCAAAGCGGUCCCUUUGCAUACUCGAGCCAAGGCUUCAUAUCCAAGUCCCAUCCGCAGACUCGAUCAGAUUUGUGACCGAAUUUGCAAAAAAGACGGGAGACCUGGCGUCAUUGUCGAUAGUUGAUACCCAUCUUAUAGCUCUCACUCUGGACCUGGAAAAAUCCGUUUGCCGAGGAGAUAUUUCCCAUUUACGUAGCACCCCUUUGCCCCUGUGUCUUUCCAAAGGACAGCAGAACAAUUUGCAAGGUGGAUCGCCCAUGGACACUUGGAUCACAUCCAGUUCGUCCGGUAGUGAUGGCACCGAUUCGCACGGCAGUACUGAGUCUUCUGCCUCAAUGCCACGGGAAGUUGCUUGCCUUUCUUCUGACUUUGCAAUGCAGAAUGUUCUUAUUCAAAUUGGCCUUUGUGCCCGCUCGAGCCAGUCUGGAGCACACAUAAAGUCCCUUCGCCAUUGGGUCCUUCGCUGUCAUGCAUGUUACGCCAUCGAGCGCGAUUCCACACGCAGGUUUUGCGACAAAUGCGGGAAUGCCACUCUUUUGCGGACAUCUGUUGGUGUUUCUGCAGAGACCGGAGAAAUGGUGCUCUACUUGAAGAAAAACUUUCAAUUCAACAACCGAGGUACAAUUUAUCCGAUUCCCAAAAAGGAAAAACUAAACUUGAGAGAAGAUCAAAAGGAGUAUCAACGAUCCAUCAAAGUAUACCAGCGCUCGCUUUCACGAAGCCAGCGGGAGGAUUCCGCCUUUUCUUCGUCCUUUUUUUCUGGCUGUAUACGGGCGGGAGAAUGCCAACAGCCCGUCAUUGGCUAUGGGCGUCGGAAUAUCAAUGCCAGCAAGCUCACAAAGUAA